AGGAAAGUCCCUGGAGAGAACUGAGUUUCCAACACUGAGAGUCCCCCAGGAGUUCUGCAAAUGACUUUUGGUGUUUUUAAUGCAGGAUUUCUGGACCGCUGUGAACCUUGAUGGCGGCUUGUCAUUCUGCAACAGGCAGCAUGGCUGAAGGUGAGUCUUUUCCUGAUACUGACCAUCCUGAGGUAGCACCACAAAUUUCUGGAGUGCUGCAUGGUUUGCUUAUGACUUCAAGAUGGCAGAGACUGGCAGAGAAGGAUGAGCCCAGGGAAAACACAUGUAAUAAACGAAAAUCUGCCCUUAUUCCCUUAUGGGGGACGCAAGAGCCCUUACAGAGUCCUUUGUAGGUUCUCCAUCGGUCAGAGAAAAGAACAGAGGCCAGCCAGAGAAUAUAAUAAUAAUAAUAUCUUUAUUGUCAUUGCCCCCUUCGGGGACAACGAAAUUACUUGACUGCUCCAUAAAAACACUAAUUAAACAAUAUAGUAUAAUACAGCAAGGGAGAUUAGAUGACUUUCAAAGUCCGGGCUUCCCAUUCAGGGCCGAGAUCGCUCUGGAGAAGAAGCUGUUCUUAAGACGGCUCGUUCUUGUCUUCAUCGUCCUGUAUCUCCGUCCCGACGGCAAGAGCUCGAAGAGACAGUGACCAGGAUGCGAUGGAUCUUUUACUAUGUCCAGUGCCUUCCUAUGGCACCUUGUGGCAUAAAUCUGCUCUAAGGUGGAGAGUGGGCAGCCAACAAUGCUCUCUGCUGCCUUAACAACCCUGCACAACCCCAUCCUGUCCUGGGUAGUACAGCUUCCGUACCACACACAUAAGCCAUAAGUAAGCACGCUCUGAAUGGCACAGUGAUAGAAGGCAAGCAGCAGUUUCUGCGGAAGAUGGUUUUUCCUCAGUAUUCUCAAAAAGUACAGUCUCUGCUGCGCCUUCUUCACAAGCCCCCUUGUGUUGACACUCCAGGACAGAUCCUCUUGUAAUUCAAUGCCCAAAAAUCUGAACGUUGUUACCCUCUCCACACAGACCCCAUCAAUCAAAAGUGGCUGGACGUUGCUCUUCUGUCUCCUGAAGUCCACCACAAGCUCCUUUGUCUUCCUUGUAUUUAUGAGCAAGUUGUUAGCUCUGCACCACUCUGUCAGCCGCUCCACCUCAUCUCUAUAAUCCGUUUCACCCUCCCUUUCACGGAUGAGCCCAAUCACAGUUGUGUCAUCUGCAAAUUUAACAACCCUGUUAUUAGGGUGAGAAGCAAAGCAGCUCGUAAGCCUGAUCUUUACUGAACUGUUGCAACAGGGCACUCCCCUCUCACACACAGGAAAGGAGGAGGAACACAGAACAAAGGUGUUCCCGCCCCUAUAUAGACAUUUUAAAAUUGCCCGCCUUGGAGUCCAAGACCACCCCCAGAUACAGCAUACCUACAUCAAAGAAAGGGUGGUCUACAACAGAAAUCUGAGUGCGUUGUUUAUCUCCUGUCUGGCAGGUUACCUGUUAAUGCUCACUUGAUUGGAUACCCUGGGGAGCCUGGCCAGUCUUUUGUAAUGAAACAUUUGUAAGACUUUGUGUGUGUGUGUGUGUGUGUGUGUGUGUGUUAGUCUCAGGAACUUUGCUGAAAUGGUAUUUUUUAUCUCUUAUUUAGCCAGAGCAGACGAAGAAUUGAGAAUUCUGCUCAUUGGCAAAACCGGAUCCGGGAAGAGCGCAACAGGAAACACCAUCCUGGGGGCUGAGAAAUUUAAAAGCGCAUAUGGACUUGCUUCAACAACUCAGAAAUGCGAAUUUGAAACAGCCCGUGUUGAUGGCAGGACAAUUGUUGUUGUUGACACACCUGGGUUCUUUGAUACAAAAAUUAAGAAACGCUUCACGCAAAAUGAGCUUAAGGAAUGCAUUGACAUGGUUUCUCCUGGACCUCACACCAUCCUCAUCGUGAUAAAAGCAGGGAAGGUCACAAAGGGGGACCAGGAAGUAUUUUGGGAAGUGAAACGCCUCUUCAAGAAUGAAGGAAAGAACUAUCUGAUUCUUUUAUUCACCUAUAAAGAUGAGUUAGAUAAGAAUCAUUUAACUAUAAAUGAGUUCAUACGAGGCGCUGAGGGGAACCUGAAGGAUCUGAUUGAGAUGUCCGAAAGACGAUUGAUUGCUUUUAACAAUGUGGCUGAAGAAGAAGAAAAGCAGACUCAGGUAAAGAAGCUCAUUGGGAUGAUUGAUGGCUUGGUGGCACUCAAUGGCAGAACACCACUGUACACCGAAGAACAAUUCAAAAAGGACAUGUCUUGGUGGAGUUGGUUUACGUCUUGCUGGAGAUAAGACUUAAGUUAUUGUAAGUUUAAGUUAAGUCUGCUGCAAGUGGAUUUCUUAUGGACAGGGCCAAUCCUGAAUGUAUUGGAUUUGUGACCAUUCUGCUCAUUUGCCUUCAGUAGCUGUAAAGCUCUGCUGGAUGAAAUAUUCAUUGUCUCUGGUCUGUUUUUUUUUGGGGGGGGGAAUCCUGCAACGUGUUUGAGUUUUUACUCUCCUAACUAUACACUGGAGUUCUGCUGUGGAUCAAUACUGAGUAGAAUUCCAUGACAAUAACUUCUAUUUGUGUUGAUACAUUAAAUGAUUUAUAAAACUACAACUGAGGAACUCAAACUAUAUCCUUGUUCUUGCUGUGUGUGGCAAUUAUUCUGUCCCUGGUGUUUCUUCCUGUCCUCAUAAGAUGUUAUGUCUUUCUUUCCCUGGUUGUUGCUGUUCUCCAUCAUAUCAGAUUGUUGUUUCUGAAAUUUCUCCAUCGCUCCAUCCCGUGCUUCGUUGUUUUGCAACUUUUAACAACAACUGAAAAAUCACUCUGUCCCAAUAAAUGACCUGUUUUCACCAUUGUGCAUUUAUUUGGAAUGUAAAUGUUUCAUUUCUCCUGUUCCAUUUAAUUUUCCCAUAAAUCUUUUCAUUAGGCUUUUCAGUAUUGAUAUACUGAAGCAAAAGCAAAACCAAAUGGUGGAAAUAGUCAAAUAAAAAUGAGAUAAAAAAUACUACCCCAGCCACUUCACUUGUGGUUCCUGGGUUUAAUAGAUUAUUCAGUUUAAAGAAGUGAUAUUAAUCUUAUUUCUUUUUCUUUUUAAAAAUUCUGACAACAUAAUACAAUGUCUUGCAAACACUGAGCAAACAUCCCACUCUAGCCCAGAAGGCAGAGUUUAGGAAAUGAAUAAAAAAUAACUCCCCAAUAACACAGGUGAGUUCCUACCACAGACAACCGUUUGCACAGAAGGCAAGACACAAUUUAUGCUAACCCUGGCUGUUUUUUAAAGUCAAUGAAGUCUUGCUUUCAUUUUUAGCUGUGCAAAUAAUAAAGUUGUACAGAUCGGUUGCAAAGAGUCUUUAUGCUCCAAACCUUCUGCCAAUUUUAUUUUGUUAGCCCCUCCCCCCACAAGUGUGAUUUGUCAUACUUCAUUGUACCACAAAGGCUCACGCCUUUCCUUGAGUUUGUAUACAUAUUUAAGGCAUACUCCACAAGUGUCCUGGGAAAACUGGGACAUCCUGUUUUUCUCUGGUGAGGGAACAGCGGCCAUUUUGGUUGUUGUGAUCUCACACAAUUUCACAGCACAAUUCCCCUCCCCCAAUAAAGUGCUUUUUUCAGGGCUGCGAUCUUGCCUUAAAAUGCACAUUUUGGGGUGCCGUGCCCCAAAAAGUGCUUUAAUGGGGGGGCACAGUGUGAAAUCACGCGAGAUCACAGCGACCAAAAUAGCCAACAUGCUCUCUCGAUAAAAAACAGGAAGAUGGCAUCCCAGAUUUUGGCUUUGAAGUGUUGGAGGGUAUCCUUAAGAUACAUAUGUAAGAGGCUUCUUGUCUGUAAUUAUAUUUUGGGAAUAAUUCAUAUUCUUGUGUAGCUGCAUUGUUUUAUACUUUCUGGAUGUCCUAUGAUCAUAUUACAAAUCAAGCACAGCUAGUUGCUGCCCCUUUUCCUUUUCCAAGUAUUUCUUUUCUGAUCUCGCAGGGGGACCCCAAGGGCCUCAAAAGACAGCUCUAUCGCUUUAAGAAACUGCUGAGAAAGCCUUUACUCUCAGCGCAAGAACACAAGUCGCUAUACACGCAGGUUCACAGCACACGCAAUACAAAGCACAAUAGCUGUUGCAACAAAAAAGUGUUACUCAUUUAUACUGCACUUUUCAGACAAUACUUUUAUAAGAUAAGUGUUUAGGGACGUUUUUAAUGUCUGAUGCUGUAUUGUUUUUAAUAUUCAGUUGGAAGCCAGCCAGAUGGGCAUUGUAUAAAUAAUAACUUCUUCUUCUUCUUCUUCUUCUUCUUCUUCUUCUUCUUCUUCUUCUUCUUCGAAGGCCACGCAGGCACAGUAAAUUAAAGCUAUACUUAUGCUGGAAUCGCAGGCACGCUAAAGUGAAAUGUAUCUAAAUGAGUUUUGGUUAACAACAGCUAGUUUGCUUCCUUGAAUGAGGUAAUGAGAAAUCUUUCUAUGCAUGUGAUUCCAGGAAAUUUUAAUGCUUUGUGUAAGAAACCUAUAGGUAACCACCCUACCCCCCCCCCGGUGUUUGGGGGGCGGGGUUCAGUCUUUGUGGAAGUGAUCCUGCUGAACCUACUGCUUGGAAAGUAAUAAAAUCGUUGGACUCUGAUCUCCUCCUGGC